GCAGGGAAGGAAAUGGCGGCCGUUGAUGGAUGGAAGCUGGCUUUACGCUUUGAAAACGAAUUAAAAUCAGUCAGUGCUUUAAAUUUUUUAAAUUAGUGUUUGUGUCGUAAAGAACGAUUUCGUUGACUGCAGGAUCAAGGCAUUGCUCUGAUACUAGAGAGUACCAGUCUGAAGGUUUCUUUCUUGAUUGCAUUCCCGCAGUGUGGCCUUACUUUUUGCUAUCAACUUUUUGAUCCCACUGUCUGAUCACUGGUCAUCUGACGUGUGUUCAACCAGUCUUCCUGGCCCAUGGACUUGACUCCAGCUUCAGAUUUCAGAAGGAGGUCAGGUGCCUCUUCAUCGCCAGUUGGGAUUACAGAGAUUGCAAGGAGCUCACCUGCCUGCUCCCCCUCCUUGUCUCCAUCUUCUCCUUGCUCUCGAACAUCUUCACCUAUUUCUACAUCUUCCUUCGUGUGUGCCAACUCAACAGUUAAUCAAAACCAUGUAACAGGACAGACUGAAGAGAUAGAGAAGGCCAGGGUGUCCUCCACGUCAGCUUCUCUUACAACAGCAUCUUUUUCGGCACCUGCACACGAAGUUGUCUCUUCAGAAUCCUUCAUCCAUACUUCUGUUGCCCUGAGUGAAGAUUGUGAAAAAGAGGGCAAGACAAAGGAGAUGUAUGAUCCUUUUCAUCCAACUGAGGGUGACAAGGAGGGAAAGAUGGAGGAGGAAGAAGAAGGAGAUAAGUAUGACCCCUUUGACCCCACUGGUUCUCCAGCAUCAGACAUCAGUGAUGAGGGUACCAAAUCAAGGGAAAUGAAAAGAAACACAGAGAGACAGAAUGAUGAUGAGGAGAAAGAAGAAGUACCUCCAGAUUCAACUGACAUCUUGACAGACUUACCAACCCCCUCUCUGGCUACCCAGCUCCCUCUGAGAAGGAGAGUAGACUGUAGUUCUUCCAAAUCUGGAGAGCAGAGAGACAGUGCUGACUCUGAGCAUUCUGAAAUAGAGGAGGGAGAAAUAGUUGGGGUUACUGACAGAGAUGGCCAGGUAAAAGAUAAAAGGCCAGGUGGAGAAAUCCUCCCCUUGAAUUCGCCAAGUGUUUCCUUCUUCGGUUCAAAACCAGAGCGCAUUCUCCGGGUGUUAGAUGGGGAUGGUUUUGUGUCUGUGAGAGCUGAAGGCAACUGGGAGGUGGACAGGGAGCCUGAAGAUGAACCUUUAGUAGGAGUGGAAGACCUGAGAAGAAAGCUGGUGAGCAGGCGGAAGGAAAGAUACCUCUCUUUUCCUGCCUCUUCCCCUCUCACUCCUCAGCUGCCACCUCCCAGUCAUCCCCUAAUUUCUCCCCCCUCUUCUCCCCUUGCACUGCCCGUGGAACAAGGAAGCAAGAACCGCAAGUCCUCCAAGAGCUCAAAGGACAGAGACAGACAGAAGAGUAAGGACAGAAAAGCAGGAGAGAAGGAGGAGAGGAGAAAAAAGAGGAGGAAGGACAAAGAGAGUGGACUGGAUAAGAGCAAAGAGAAGGAGCGUGGGCAAAAGACUGGAAAAGAGGGUAAAAGUCGGAGGAACAGCAGAAGCAGUAGCCGGAAGAGGAAGAAAAGACGACACAGCAGCCCAGAGACGUCACAAUCCCACAAUUCUUCAGGAAGAGGAGGUCACACCAGAUGCUCCCUCUCCAGCCCAUCUGAAGAACGACACAGAGACCAGGAAAGAGAGAAAGACAAGGACAGAAAUAGAGAACGACAUAGGGACAGAGACAGAGACAAGGACAGAGACAGAGGGAGAGACAGAGACAGAGAAAGAGAUCACAAUCGAACCAGCAGCCGUAGAAGAGAUGAUAGAGAGUCUAGCUCAAGAAAAAAGGAAGGAAGAAAGGGAAGACGACGUUCUAGUAGCAGAGAGUGCAGGAGUUCCAAAAGGUCCAAAAGAAGCAGGGAAAAGAGGGAUAGUGAUAGAGACAGACAGCGUGACAGGGAACGCCGACGUGAUGGACGUCCUGUUGUCCCACCGUCUAUCCAAGAUCUUAAUGGCUCUGACCUCUUUGCCAUCAAGAGAACCAUCACAGUCACCACUACUACAACCACCACUACAGUACCUGGCUCCCCAAGACUCUCUACAACUUCUCCUCAUAGGCCAAUACAAGACUCUGACAAGUCGCACAGCAGGAAGAAAAAGCGAAAAUGGCGUUCUACUCGAGAUGACGAAGACCGGGGAAGUUGUCGCAGCCAAUCACAGUCUCUGUCACCACCUAGAUAUCACAGCUACGAGUCAGACCGCUAUUCAGACAAACUAGAUCUAGAUGUAUUAUCUUUGGAUGGUGAAGCUUUGGAUUCAGAUUACCCAUCUUUGGAGGACACACCUCCAACUGCCCCACCUCCUGAGCCAGCUCUACCCAGUCCUAAAACUAAAACCACCCCCAAGACAGGAAGGCACCACCUGAAAAAGAAAUCUUGUACAAUAAAGAAAAUGGGUCAGUCUGAAUCCUCUUCAUCCUCUUCCACUAGAACCAAAAGCAAAUGUCUCUCCUCAAUGUCGGUCACUUCAGGCUCUGCCACAGUCUCAUCUGGCCUACCUUCAGUGAAGCGAAACAGAAAGAUAGUCAAGGACAAAGAGCGGGACAAAGGCAGCAGAAAGGAUUUGGGCCGGUCUGGAAAAUCUAAGAAGGACAGCGGCACAAAUCGGAAGGGAAAGCUUCAGUCCAAAGUGUCUGUGUUGGUGCGAGAGGGUGUCAGCAGCACCACAGGGACUUCAGUGGGCUCUGGGAAACUAGGCAUGGACCUCUUAGGGCCAGGAGGGGCAGGAGGGGGCAGUGGAAGUUCUGUAGUGGGCGGCUCAAUUGCAGUAGUUUUCUGCAGGGACAAUGAGAGUAGAUCUCCAUUCCUCAAACCGUGUUCUGAGCCAUUGUCACUGGGUGGGCGCAGCAAAGAUCUGAGCAGUAUGGUUAAACGAAGCAGCAUGGCAGCUCCACCAUCCUCUUUAGCCAGUCCUGCAGAACUGAAAUCUAAAAAAACAAAACCCAGCUCCAUCACAUCCACCUCCUCCUCUGCCUCCCCGCCCUCCUCCUCUCUGGCAACUAAGCGUCGCCGUCGCAUGGCCAAGAAGUCAAGAGAAAAAGGAGGAACAGCAGGGCUUAAGGCUGGAGAUAGUAGUCAGACAAAACCCACAUCUGAGGGUUGGGGCGGAACCUCGUUAGAAGUUCAGUCAGCCUCUGGAGAUGGAAGCAAGUCUGUUAGUCCACAUACCGGGCAAGCUGGUCCUGCACCCUGUUCUUCCUCCUCUUCUUCUUCCUCGUCUUCCUCCACCAGUGUACUCCCACCAUCCUCGUCACCACCACACACUCCUCCCCCCUCUAUGGCUCCUCUGAGAGACACCAGGGAGUCCUCGCCAGAUUCUCAGACUGUGGACAGCAGCUGUAAAACACCAGAGCCUUCUUUCAUGGCUGAGGAAUGUCUCACCCAAACCAGUCCAACUCUACCACCGGUCAGUCCAUCAGGCGUGUCCACACCCCAGGGCAUGAGUCUUGGCAUGACCACCAAGCCUCCUCCUCCAGAUGACGCACCCAAAUCUUUGGCCUCGCCUCCCUGCUCAUCGUCUUCAGCCACCUGUGGUCUCACCUCUCUUUCUUUACCUAUGUCUUCAUCUGACCCUUCGUCCUCCUCUGUGUCCUCCUCAUCUGCUAGUAAGCCACCGCCUCCACCUCCUCCUCCUCCUCCUCCAACAGCUCCUGCCCUCCCCUGGAGUCUGCAGACUGGUGUGGACUGCACAACUGGAGGAGUCCUAGCAUUGACAGCCCUGCUCUUCAAAAUGGAGGAAGCCAAUAUUGCCAGCAGGGCAAAAGCACAAGAGUUCAUCCAAGCAACCAGCCAGAUCCUGUCUCAGGCCAAUCAGAAUCAGUCCCAGCAGCACGCCGCUCCUUCUUCAGCCUCCUCCUCAUCAUCCUCACAAAUCCCUCCUCCUCCUUCGCUCCCUCCACCUCCUGGUCUCAGCCCAGCUCAGUUCAUUCUCCAUAGCUCCCUCCCUCUGGUUGGCUGCACCAAAACGCCACCCUCUCACCUUCACCCCUCCAUAAGUGGUGGAUGUGCACAGACACCUCCUCCUAUGCUCCCUGUGGGACUGUCAGGAGUAACUGGGAGUUCAGGGGACACAGGCUGGGAUAAUGAGAGCAAAGACCCUGAUAAGUACCUGAAGAAGCUGCACACCCAAGAGCGUGCAGUGGAGGAAGUGAAGCUUGCCAUCAAACCUUACUAUCAGCGUAAAGACAUCAACAAAGAUGAAUACAAAGAUAUCCUGAGGAAAGCUGUGCAUAAGAUCUGUCAUAGCCGCACUGGAGAGAUCAACCCGGUCAAAGUCAGCAACCUUGUAAAACUGUAUGUCCAACGCUACAAGUACUUUAGGAAGCAUGGACGGAAGAUGGAUGAAGAAGAGAGGGAUGACAGGGAAUCAGGAACCCUGCAUUCCUCUGCCUAAUGGGGUGUUGUUUUUUUUUAUUAUGAUUAUUAUUAUUUUUUUUUUAAUCUACCCACAAACCCACCCCCCAACAUUGCCUUCUGCUAAUGAUCUGGGACAUCCAGGCCAUCCACUAAUUCUCAUGAAAUGUUUUUAUUGUUUUGAUAUUCCACCAUGUCUUUGCCUUUAUGUGAUCUUUUACAGGUCUGUUCUUUUCUCCAUGAUCUCAGUGUAAAUAUGUCUCACACAAACUUUACCAUGUAUGCAGAUUUCAGAAAGUGAAUGCCAUCAUAAAUACCCAUGUGACCUAAUACUUUAGAACUGUGCAAUAAAUAGCUCCUUGUGAAGCUUCUUAUUUUUAGUCUUCAUUUACAGUUUAUUUCACAACAGUGAUACUAUUUGCAAAACUUUUUUCAUUGUCCUUGAAGUGUUAAUGCUUUUUGUCUACUCCACAUGUAUCAAGAGCCAAGCUGUGGGGAUCUGUAGUACCUGGUUUCAUACCAGAAUCUGAUGUACAAAGUAUAAAGAAGCUACAUUUCCCCUCUGCAGACUGUAUGCAAGUUGACCCUCUGUGAGUUAGACAGCUGAACAAUGAUGGUUCAAAUACAUUUGACAAUUGACCUCUCACUUUGGUUCUGCUGUAUGUGUUUUGUGUGCAUGUGUUACUGAGGUUGAGAAAGUUGCUAAAACUCUUUAUACUUUAUAAAAUGACUUGACCAACAAAAUAUAAAUGUUGCUUGAAAACCA